AUGGUUCUGUUAAAUGCUGGCAGCAAAACCUUCCAAAGGGCUCUACUUUUAUUUUUAGAAGACUCUGUAGAAGAAAAUAUUCAUCACUGGUUACAUUCUUGUGUUCUGUCCCUGCAAGAGUUUUCAGAAAGUCCAGCUAUGUCAAGAUGCAAGAAUCUCAGCUCUUCCCAUUUGCUCAUGCUCACUGGUGCACCCAAGAGUAUCACUGAAUGGCUGGUGUUCUGGGAAAAGGAUCCAGUGGAGAUUCUGCUUAAUUUGGGGUUUGGUACAGAAGAACCUGAUGUCUGCACAAAAAUCCCUCCUCGGUUCCUCAGUGGUGCUUCUGUAGCAAAACAGUUCAAUGUCCAAGUCUUUUUGGAAGCUCAAAAGCAGCGGACGGAUGUUGAGAAGCCAAACCUAUUUGAACAUUUUUGACUACUGGAAGUACUUGACUGUGUAUCCAGUGCCCUCACAUCUUUGCUGACUGAUGUAAAUACUCAAUAGAUCAAAGCACAGGACGCUGGUAGGGAUAAGACUAGUCUGCUGGAUGCUGCAAAGAUCAGACUUGUGAUAGCAUAAGUGAAGUGGAGAAGACUAAGUUAGAUCCUGUAUAGGGCUUCUCGUUAGACAAUGUUACUGAAAUAGGGCUCACUGGCACUUGGGAAGCCAACUUGCACAGCAGGGAAGAGCAAUCCUGUUCUUGUGCAGAUAUUGCUGGUUGGGGGCACAGUUCAGGCACGCAUUUCUGCAUGUGUUACAUUGGGCUGUCUGACCCGGGAGCAAACCCCUGGAAAUAAAAGUGCCUCGGCAUAUCCUACCUGCCAGUGUCCACUGAUGCCAUCAGAGAAAGCGUGGGUUUCACUGCACCUGGUUGCAAAACAGCCUCACCUUUCUCCUGCAUGUGAGGUGCCUGCCAAAGACCGGCCAAGAAAGGAGCCAACUUUGCUUGUGGCCCACAUGCUCAAAGAAGCGGUUGACCUAAACUGCAAGCUGCCAGACUCAUUUGAAAUGGAAGCGGGUGAAAUGGCUUCUUCUCUUCUGAAAUCUGUUACUGUUCAGAUAUCUUCAGGGAUGGAGUUUAUGUCAAGAGCGAAGGGCACAGAACAAAAUUCUCCUCUCAGUGAGACCCUUUCUAGGGAUGACACUGUGGACUUUUCCAACACCUUAGCACACUGUUCUGACAGUGGCCGUCUCAUACAGUCAGACCCAGAGGCUUCAAAGGAUGGUGUGAAGUAGAUCACUAAAGCAUUCAACCAAACUGAUAUCCCUGCCAGAAAACUCAGGGAGGAAAGCAGAUACCUGCAACUCUUGCAGUGAGCCAUUUGUCAGGAAAUUUCAGAGUUAGAGUUUCAGCUGAAGGAUCAAGCUUGUCAAGUCCUUAUACAGCUGGACAAAUUACUCACAGAACAAUUCCAUCUGUUUUCUGAGCUUAUACUCUUUGACUGGAAGGAAGAAAGAAAAGCCCAGAAAAAAAAAAGUGUUCCAGAUGCUGCUGACACUGUGCAUUGUAAGUGCUCAAAAAUGGUGCAUGGAAGAGCUCCUAGCAAAAACAUGACAGCUAUAGGCUCCCCCUGUGCCCCACAGUCAGGGGAAACCACAAAGCUUCCUACCAGGACAACACCUGAGCCAAAUUCAGUGAAGUCUGCCCCACAGGAGCUCUCUACCAGUAAAAAGGAAAUAAAAGGACAUCUACAAGCAAAAAUGGACUUUAAGACAUUCAUACAGAAUAAAGGAGAGGUGUCAGUCUCAGCCUCAAGGUUUUAAGUGGAAGACAAUGCUGACCUGCAAUGCAAUUUUACUAUUUUGUGUCUCAUUGCCACAGUCUAGAUCAGGACCAUUUCCUUCUCAGCUGUGCAUUUCUCUGAAGGGAUGAAGUCAGUGUUUCAGGGCACUCUCAGUCUGCAUAGGUAGCACAGGCAGAACUGAGACUGGACCUGCCUUGAUAUUUCUCAGUAAACUGUGGCAAUGAUUUAGAUGAUCCAGAGAGAAGAACAUAUAAAUAUGGGGAUUGUAUUUGUCUUCCUUGAACUUUUAAUGCAACUGUUUGACUAAUUAGUAUUUUCAACCCUCUCAUACCCUGUGAAAUUAGUAAUUUAUGAAUUCAAAUUGUAGACACAAUUAACCAAUUUUACAAGGACAGUAAAGGCAGUGAAUUGCAAGGUUUGCUGGUUUUCUGAAGAAAUUUCAAGUCAGCAUUUCUGUCUGAUCUGAUCUCACCAUAUAACCAGAAAAAAUACCUGCCUUUUUUAAUACAAAAUAAACCUAGAAAAUAUCUUAGAUAGUUCCCUUAUAAAUUAAGGUCUCUUCCAUCUAAACAUGUGUCCCAAUUUUUAACGGAAUGAUCAUUCUUGGAAGUGAAAAUUUAGGAUUAAAUUCUGUAUAAAUGUCAUGUAAACACCACGGGAGGGAAUGCCCUUUAUUGUAGUCUUAUACUUCUUUAUUGUUUUAUAUUGAUACUACCACUGAUAUUAUCAAGCAGAAUCAGAUUUCUUAGCACACAAUUCAAAGAAUGAGACCCAUAGACAGUGAGGAACAUGGGAUUGAAAGACUGGAGAUAAUGUUUUGUCAUCUUUCAUACCCAUUUCUUUUUAAGACUGGUCUUGGUCAUUCCCUAAACAUACAAAGAAAACAACACCUUUUUCUUUU